AUGCAGCGUUGCCCCUACAUCCACGAGAUGAAGGAGCGACUGCUCGGCGCGCCCGUGGAGACUUUAGAGGCGAGGGAGGCGCGGGAGGCGCGAGAGGCACGAGAGGCACGAGAGGCACGAGAGGCGAGGGAGCAGCCUCGCGACCGAAACCUCGACCACAUGCAAGACUCCCAGGUCGGCACCAUCGUCAAACUGAAUUCGGACGGGUACGGCUCGCACACGUCGCCGGCGCGGGCGCCCCUCGUCGUGGACGAGUGCGAGGCGCCGGCGGACGAGACGGACGCCCUGUCGCCCACCGAGGCGCUUCGGUACCGCGCCUGCUGCCCGCCAGAGGCCGCCCCGAAGAACGCCAAAACAUCAUUAUUCAUCAUCUCAAGUUUCAUAUACGCCAAACUUCUGGUAGUGGUUUGCAUCGCCUACGUCAUCAGCGAUGUUAUCACCCACAACCUGCCACUAUAUUACUACGAGGGAUUCUUCACCUACUUGUAUGGCAUGAGCAUUCUGUUCCUGCUGUACGUCUUCUGUUUCCUGCUUCAGGAAAGUACAUGCUGCAACGGCAGUCCACCAAAGCCGAAGCCACCGCCAAAAGAGAAGAAACCCAAGAAAGAGAAAGAAAAGAAAACCAAAGACAAAGAAGGAAAAGACAAGGAUGGUAAGGACGGUAAAAAAGACGGCAAGAAAGAGGGUAAAUCUAAAGAUAAGGACAAAGAUGGUGGAAAAGAUAAAGCAACCAAAGAAAGCAAGAAACAGAGCCAAUUCCAGGAGGUGUAUCCACGUAAGAUGCGCGAUAAAGUUCGACAACAACAAUUGCAAAUCCAAAAGGCUCAAUUGUAUGCGUCCGAACAGCAACAAGAUGUAGUGGAGUUAGAGGCGGGUCCUGUAGCACGUCCGAUGCGUCGGCGAAAGACAUCACAGAAUGAUCACAGCCAUGGAAGUUUCUUCUUGCGAAUUGGCGCAAUCGCGUUCGGGUUGGGCACCAUGAUAUAUAACGGUUUGGAAUUUGGAACAUUUUUCGAGUUGCCUCUCGAUUCACCCUGUUAUUUAAUCUUGAAGGGCGUUAACCCAGUGUUACAAAUGGUGUUUACAUUCAUGCAAAUGUAUUUCAUCUUUAUGAAUUCACGGCUCAACAUCCACCGUUUCAAGGUGAUCGCCCGAUUUGGUCUGAUGCACGUUGUUGCCACAAACAUAUGCGUGUGGAUUCGCACUUUAGUUCUCGAAUCCCUUAAAGAGAUUACUGAUUACCACGUGAAGAAUCCUCUAGGUGUCCCUGGCGAAGGCGUACUUGGAAAAGUCAUCCGAAAGCACACUUUGAGGCACUCUGGUAAAGUAUUUGGGGCUGCAACUGCGGCAGCCACAACUGUGGCCUCGACGGCAGUGUCAAUGGCUAAAAGCACUAGUGAUCAGAUCUUGAAUGUUGUCACAACCACCGUUGUUGCCCCAACAAUGGCUUCCACUACCACCAACAACUCCACGGAGGUAUUCGAGUCGUUCGACGCUAUGAACCCGGCUGCCUUGAUUGCCAAUAUUGACAAUUCAACAGUUUGCGGACGGAACCCCAUAAUGGGUACAAUUGUGACGGAUUCCGCUCCGUACCUUUACCCAUUCAUCAUCGAGUACUCACUUAUUGGGGCUGCCGUCAUUUACGUCAUGUGGAAACAUAUCGGAAGAUACCCAAGCGUGGCGAACGAUGAAGAUCUGGAAAGACGUCUGGAAGCUGUUCUCUCCCGCAGGGCAGCGGCGUUAGCGGCCGCACAACGAGGCAAUCGCGUGGACUGUGCAGGCGCUUCCAAGGGCCUAUUCUGUGGACUGCUGCUCUUGGUCGCAUCCCUUAUCUGCUUGAUCCUCUUCUUCGUUUUGAUCAGACACCAGGAGUUGAAACGCCUCUCGAUUUACUUGGCCGACGUCUCACAUUGCGGACUUAUGGUUCUAUCUAUUCUGGCGAUAUUGAUUGGGUUUAUACGUGGUCGUAAAUUGAAAUGGAGCUACAAUCUUCCUUCCUGUACCGAGCCUCUCCGCAGGGUACAAUCUCUGAAGUUCCGCUCUGAAGAGCAGUCAGACCUGAACGACAUACUCCUGCGCGUCUCUGCCUUCGGACUCUUCGUAUACGCCGUGUUUAGUGUCAUCGCCGGUGGAAUGGGCGCCUUUACACACGAACCGAACCUCCUUGUGAUGAUUACCGGAUGCUUGAGCGUGCUCCAGGUGGUUCUUCAGUUGCUGUUUAUUGCCGACGUGUCCCGUCGUCGAGUGCAUUUGCCGGAACAAGAGCGGAGCAAGCCUGCUCGCCAGGCAGUCACCUUCCUCCUCAUCUGCAACGUCACCAUGUGGCUCAUUUAUACCUUCGAAGCGCAGAAAGUUUUGGCAAACCCGGUACAACUUGACUUCUACGGAUUUGUGGCUUGGUCGCUGGUCCAACGGUUCACUCUGCCCCUUUGCAUCUUCCAUCGCUUCCACUCUGCCGUUACCCUAGCCGAGAUUUGGAAGACAAGCUACAAAGCGCGCUUGGAG